CGUCGGUUGAUUAAGGCGCCGGGGAAGAGCAGAAGCAGAGGAGGCUUCGCUUUUGCUUUUGCUUUUGCUUGGCUCCUCUUCUUCCUCCCCCUCCCCCGUCGACAAGCAAAGCCCACCCACCCAACCACCCUCACAACCUACCCUUCCCCUCCGCAUUUCUCCUCCCGGCCGCCGGGACGGGACGGGAGGGAUCUGCCUGCCCUGCGCGAUUUGUUUGAUCUGGGGCCGCCGACGACAAGCGGGGGUUUCUUUUCCUGGUUUGUUGGUAUGGGGAUCUCGCACCCGCUCUCCGACGAGUUCUACGGAGGGCCCCGCGGAGGGCUGGGCUUGGGCGGCGCGCUCAUGCUGUCGCCGGACCGGUCGCCGCCCUCCUCCCCGCCGUCCUGCUGCUCGCCCGUCCAUGGCCAGGAGGGCUUCCUCCAGCACCAGGUGUCCCGGAUGGACACGCUCGCCGGCAUCGCCAUCAAGUACGGCGUCGAGAUCUCGGACAUUAAGAGGGCGAAUAGUCUCGUGACUGACAGCCAGAUGUAUGCGCACAAGGCAUUGCUCAUACCUCUACCAGGAAGGCCCAUGCCAUCCUCUGUGAAGCUGAAUGGAUCCAGCCUACGGACGAAAAGAGCGUGGGCUCCGAACAAUCAGCAAAACAAUCAGCAAAACAGGGACAUUGUGACUUCACCAGAUUCUGAAAAGACUAGACAGCAGCAGUCGUCGCUCGCAAUGAGCAGCUUGCAGAGCUACUAUGGCCUGAGUUCUCAAGGAGGAGAUGACAUGGAUUUGAGUACAGAAAUGUCCUUGUACAGCAAGGGAAGCUCCCAAGGUAUUGGCAGCGAAAUACUCCCAAUUUCUUCUUCUCUGCCUGACAGUACACAGAGCACUGGCAGAGGCAAUGGGGCGGCCAAAGAAAAGCAAGAUGGUUCCAUACGUCGGCGGCAGAAAGUGGAAUCCGAUACCCAGGACGACCUUCUGUCGGACUCGAUCAAGAUGAUCAAGAGCUUCCUGCCGAGGCCGGUCUCCAGCAUGCGUCUGAGUACUGACACGAGCAGCCCAGAUACGAGCGCGAAGAACAACGGUGUCUCGUUUCUGAACGGGUUGAAAUCCGUAGUGCGGAAGUCGCCGAGCGCGCCGAGCUUUGCGGACUCGGAGAACAAUGGGGUCUCCAUGUGGUCGAGCUCCAAGUGGACCUUCAACCACGAGUCCUUCACCCGUCCGUUGCUCGACGGCCUGCCAAAGCCCGCGGCGGGUCGCAGGAUGAAAGCUGCUUUGGACUGAGUUUUAGUCUAUGACUAUGUAACGGCACAAUAGAAGUGUUCUGUUUGUAUGACCACUCUGCUGCUGCAAGCUCCAUCUGUCAUGCCAUCAUCACUAUGAGCUGGGUUGAGAGGGGGAAAAUGGAAGAGUUGACUUGGUUGGACAUGAUCUUCUGCCACCUCAAUCCUUGUUCCUCAUGGCGGCAAUGAUCGCAUGACGGACUGCGGAGUUGUCAAACAACUUGCAGUUGGAUCUUCACCCUCCUCAUCCUGCUUUUUUCUCAUGUGGCAUCUGCUGCUAAUUCAUUAGGCCCUUAUAAUUCAUCAUUCGUCAUGUAUAAUUGUAUAUCACACUAUAUACGGAGUAAAAUACAUGGUACCCUGGUUAACCA